AUAUUUUUUCUUUGCCUUAUCCGGGCACACUACUGCUGCCGGUCCCUGUUCCACAGCCACUGGUUCCACCGCGAGAGGAUUAUGGCGAGGUGAAAUCCGCCGCCCGGGCCGUGGCCGGCGGCGAGGCCGGGUAUGUCGCUGCUUGCGCCGCCCGUCUCCGAUGCGCUUAGUGAACUGGAGGUGUCGCAGCUAGCGCGUCUAUCUCUGGCGCGCUUCGCCGUCCGGAGCCGUGGGAUUGGAAAGCGGUGAGGCGGGAGUCGUCGCCGCUAGCUAGAGCUGCUCGCCUCCGGCGCGCUGGGCUGCCUGGGGCCGUGGUCUUGGGUGGAGGCAAGAUGGGAUCCGUCGCGGCUAGCUCUGCUCACCUCAGGCGCGCUGCAGCACGCCCGGCCGUGUCCUUGGCCGGCGGCAAGAUGGGAGCCGUCGCGGCUAUUGCUACCCGUCUCCGGCACCCAAGGCCAGGCCCGCUCCCUGGGAGAUGGUGCCAUGCUGGAACUACCGCGUGGUCAGCCGGUGGCCGAUGCGCGUAGUCGCACUAGAGGGUGCGAGCUGGAUGAAGACUCAACAGGCAAAGGCACAAGAACAUACCUCCGGACGAUGAAGUGCGAGGAGCUCCGUCCAUGCUGAAGAACACAGUAGAUGUUGAUCCACGGAGAGCAUAAAUUUUUAUCAAGAUUGAUCUAUUCUCCUAUGAUCCAGGGGCAACAAUUAACAAUGGAAUAGAUUGGUAGGAGAAAGGAUGAAGCCAGGAAAGAGAUUUUGGCGGCAAUCAGUUGUAACACGGGAGAGAAACAUGUCGUUUUGCUGAUUUUCUGGAACCUAACUGCAAUUAGAGAGAUAUGCUGGGUUGUUUAGGUGGUGGGUCCACGGGACACGUGCUGGGCGCUGGUUGACCCUGCACGAUAGUGCGUGCUGGGAACCCAGCACGAGAGCCCGACCCGGGCGCGUCGAAAUCAUUGAUCAAGGAUACCUUCUUUUCUUUUUUAGAAUCCGGUAUUCAUAUAUAAGGAAAGCAAUUAAAAACAAUAUACAAGGAAGCACGCGUUUUGGCGGGUGUACGCGGCAAAACGCAAAAGGAGAAAAACAGACAAAACCACUCAGCCAAUGCCCGAAGUGUGUAUGGCCCCAGCAAGCGCCAAAUCCGGCUGCUUGAUGUCCACGGAGCAUGCAGGCAAAGCCCAGCAGCAGCCCACGGCUCGUUGCGGACCCGCAGUGCGCGCUGGUCACGGAAGCAGGCACGUGUGUUGACUCGUGAGCCGGCCCGACUCCCUUCCCAAUCAGUCGCGGUCCCGGUCGCCGCGCGGCGGAGAGGACUCGCCUCGGUACUAUAAACCUCCUCUCGCCCGCCUCCUAUACAGCUUCGGCCACCACCGCUUCCCGUCCCCCUCUGCCUGCACACGCCGAACAGGGGCCCACAUGGAUCUCGAGGCGGCGGCUCCUCCCCGGCCCCGCGGCGGCUCCCCGGCGACCGCCCCACCACCGCCGGCCGACAGAGAGACCGACGUUGGCAAUGUUCGCAAGAAUAUAUUCCUUGCGUACAAGACUCUUGGUGUGGUUUUUGGUGGCCUCGUUACUUCUCCCCUCUAUGUUUAUCCCUCAAUGAACUUGUCAUCUCCUACAGAAGCUGACUACCUGGGAAUAUACAGCAUAAUGUUUUGGACUCUUACUUUAAUUGGUGUGGUCAAGUAUGUAGGCAUAGCUCUCAAUGCUGAUGACCAUGGUGAAGGUGGUACAUUUGCAAUGUAUUCGUUGUUGUGUAGGCAUGCCGAUAUAGGCAUCCUUCCUUCCAAGAGAGGGUAUUCAGAAGAAGAACCAUUGCUUCGUGAGCAGUCAGCAACAGCUAUAAGGCCUAGUAAGCUGGGCAAGUUCUUUGAGCGAAGCUUAACUGCAAGAAGGGUAUUGUUAUUCAUGGCAAUUCUUGGGAUGUGCAUGCUCAUUGGAGAUGGAAUCCUAACUCCUGCUAUUUCAGUGUUAUCAGCAAUUGAUGGACUGAGAGGACCAUUUCCUUCUGUUAGUAAACCUGUUGUGGAAGCUCUAUCUGCAGCAAUUCUUAUUGGCUUAUUCUUAGUGCAAAAAUAUGGGACUUCAAAAGUGAGCUUUCUGUUUUCUCCAAUCAUGGCAGCAUGGACUUUCACCACUCCAAUCGUUGGAAUAUACAGCAUUGUUCGUUACUACCCAGGCAUCUUCAAAGCCAUUUCGCCACAUUAUAUUGUUCAUUUCUUCCUAAGAAAUAAAACACAAGGGUGGCAGCUGCUUGGUGGGACUGUUCUAUGUAUCACAGGUGCAGAAGCUAUGUUUGCAGAUCUUGGCCACUUCAGCAAAAAAGCUAUUCAGAUAGCAUUUCUAUCCAGCAUAUAUCCUUCUCUGGUCCUCACUUAUGCCGGGCAAACAGCAUACCUUAUUAACAAUGUCAAUGACUUCAGUGAUGGAUUCUACAAAUUUAUCCCUCGGCCAGUUUACUGGCCGAUGUUUGUCAUUGCAACACUAGCAGCAAUUGUUGCAAGCCAGUCCUUAAUAUCGGCAACAUUUUCUGUCAUCAAGCAAUCAGUUGUCCUGGACUACUUUCCACGUGUUAAAGUGGUGCACACAUCACAUCAAAAGGAAGGGGAGGUUUACUCACCAGAAAUUAAUUACAUUCUGAUGGUACUAUGUGUUGGUGUUAUACUAGGCUUUGGAGGUGGAAAGGAGAUAGGGAAUGCUUUUGGUGUUGUUGUCAUCAUGGUCAUGCUCAUAACUACAAUCAUGCUCACUCUCGUGAUGAUCAUCAUAUGGAGAACACCACCUGUUUUUGUCGGCAUGUUUUUCAUUCCAUUCGUCAUUAUGGAAGGGUCCUAUGUCAGUGCCGUUUUCACCAAGAUCCCUGAAGGUGGUUGGCUUCCUUUUGCAGUUUCCAUGAUCCUUGCAUUGAUCAUGUUCGUCUGGUACUAUGGUAGGCAAAGGAAAAUAGAGUACGAAAUGGCGAACAAGAUAACCAUGGAGCGCCUUGGUGAGCUCUUGGCAAUGCCUGAGGUCCAGAGGGUCCCGGGCUUGUGCUUCUUCUACAGCAACAUACAGGACGGGCUAACUCCUAUACUUGGCCAUUACAUCAAGAACAUGAGCUCACUGCAUACAGUCACAAUUUUUGUGACCCUGAGGUACCUGCUGGUUUCCAAAGUUGAUCAACGGGAAAGGGUCCUGAUCAAGAGGCUCGGACCUAAGGGGGUGUACCAGUGCACCGUCCAGUAUGGCUACGCUGACAACCUGAGCCUCAAAGGAGGCGAUGAUCUUGUCGCACAGGUUAUGAGAUGCCUGAAGCGGCACAUUGCGAUGAGCACCGACCGGCGUUCAUCUGUCUCUAUGGAGGAAGAGAUCGCCAACCUGGAGGCGGCGAGUUUGGCCGGGGUGGUGCAUGUCCGGGGCAAGAUGAGGUUCUAUGUGGGUGACGAUGCCGGCUGUUUUGACAAGGUCAUGCUCCGAUUCUAUGAAUUCUUGCAUAGCAUCUGCAGAUCGGCACUGCCAGCUCUUGGGAUGCCUCUGCAGCAGCGAGUUGAGAUCGGCAUGUUGUACAAGGUUUGAGGCGCUGCAUCAACUGUUUUUUGUAUGAAUCUCAUGAAAAUGGUCACUCUCCAUACUAUACCGUCAUGUCGGAAAUGUCAUUUGUGUUGGCCACGCCAUAUUUUUUGCAAGCAAUGACACGGUUGGUGCACAUCUUUUGUGAAGAAUUUUGAACUGACAUUUAGAAGACAAGUGGGCCUGAACUAUUGGAUUAUUUGGCAUCUCAAUUCCUGGUAUAUAAGACAUAAGAGUGAUGGCACGAAAGUUGGGCCAACAAAGCGGGAGAAGGGUACCGUGAAGUCAGCGAAAAGUGCUACCAUGUCUCCUGUAAGAAAUUCUGGGAAGGUUUGACCAGUUCAGUAGGAAACCUGUCAAGAACUCAAGAUUUAUUAUGUUUCAUUUGGGAUCUUAUUUUUGUUAGCCAAACUUGAGGCGUAUCAUCUUAUUAUGAAAAAAAUGGAAGAGAACAACUUCCCCAGUAUC